UGUAGGUCUUACUAUUUGGGAUGCUAUAAGAAGAAAUUGGAGGAAGACGGAUUUGGUCUUUGAGUGGACAUGGCUCAGAUCUCCAGCAACAGCAGAUUUAAGCGGUGUUCAGCUUCACGUCUAGAACAAGCAAGAACAAAAGAUGUAGACAAAGAAGAAGCAUUACAGAUGGAAGCAGAAGCUUUAGAAAAAUUGCAAAAGGAUAGACAAAUGACUAGUAAUCAGAGAGAUUUUGACUUGUCAAGCAGCACUAGACAAAAAGCACAAGUUCCUAACAAACAGGAUUAUGAUCUCAUGGUAUUUCCUGAAUCAGAUUCCCAGAAAAGAGCACUAGAUAUUGAUGUGGAAAAACUCUCCCAAGCUGAACUUGAGAAAUUACUGUUGGAUGACAAUUUUGAAACUAGAAAAACACCUGUAUUGCCAGUCACUCCUGUUCUUAGCCCUUCAUUUUCAGCCCAGUUCUGUCUUAGACCGACUAUUCAGAGAGGACAGUGGGCACCUGGAUUACCUGGACCUUCCUCUUACACUUUACCUUCUAUUUAUCCCUCUACUUUUACUAAGCAAACUGCAUUCCAGAAUGGCUUCAGUCCAACAGUGCCCACGUUUCCAUCUACAGAACCCAUAUAUUUAAGUCUCCCAGCACAAUCUACAUAUUUUUCAUAUCCUUUAGUACCUACCACACCUUUUCAUCCACAAGGAAACCUGCCUAUCUAUCGGCCAGUGGUCAGUCCUGACAUGGCAAAACUAUUUGAUAAAAUAGCUAGCACGUCAGAAUUUUUAAAAAAUGGAAAAGCAAGAACUGAUUUGGAAAUAACUAAUUCAAAAGCUACAGUCAGCAAUCUACAGCUUUCUCCAAAGUCUGAUGAUAUUAGUAAAUUCGACUGGUUAGACUUGGAUCCUCUGAGUAAACCGAAGGUAGACAAUGUAGAGGUAUUAGACCAUGAAGCAGAAAAAAAUAUUCCGGGUUUACUAGCAGAGGAUCCUUGGGAAGCUGUUCUUCUGGAAGAGAGAUCACCAGCAAGUUGUCAUCUUGAAAGAAAGGUGAAUGGAAAAUCCCUUUCUGGGACAUCUGUUAUAAGAAGCCAGUCUUUAAAUAUUCGGACAACUCAGCUUACAAAAGUCCAGGGCCAAAUGUCUCAGAAGGACCCAAAGGGGACCAGUAGUUUACUGACUGGAAGUUCUUUUCUGCAAGAAAUUGAAGUACAAAAUGAGGAAGUGGCAGCUUUUUGUCAGUCAGUUACAGAAUUGAGGACCAACUUUCCAUAUACCAGUCACUGUACAAAUCCAGGCUAUUUGUUAAGUCCAGUCACAGCACAAAGGAACAUUUGUGGAGAAAAUGCAAGUGUGAAGGUCUCUAUUGAAAUUGAAGGAUUCCAGCUACCAGUUACUUUUACAUGCGAUGUGAGUUCUACUGUAGAAAUCAUUAUAAUGCAAGCCCUUUGCUGGGUGCAUGAUGACUUGAAUCAAAUAGAUGUUGGCAGCUAUGUUCUGAAAGUUUGUGGUCAAGAGGAAGUACUGCAGAAUAACUAUUGCCUCGGAAGUCAUGAAUAUAUUCAAAACUGUCGAAAAUGGGACACAGAAAUUAAACUACAACUCUUGACUUUCAGUGCAAUGUGCCAAAAUCUGGCACGAACAGCAGAAGAUGAUGAAACACCUGUGGAUUUAAACAAACACCUGCAUCAAAUAGAAAAACCUUAUAAGGAAGUCAUGACAAGACACCCUGUUGAAGAACUCUUAGAUUCUUAUCACAACCAAGUGGAACUGGCUUUUCAAGUUGAAAACCAACACCGAGCAGUAGAUCAAGUGAUUAAAGCUGUAAGGAAAAUCUGCAGUGCUUUAAAUGGUGUGGAGACGCCUGCCAUUACAGAAUCGGUAAAGAAGCUAAAGAGAGCCGUUAAUCUUCCAAGGAGUAAAAGUGCUAAUAUGACUUCAUUAUCUGGAGGAGAAACUAGCAAGAGCUCAACAAAGGGUUCAUUAAAUUCAGAAAAUCCUGUUCAAACAAGCAUGGACCAAUUAACUGUAGCAGUUUAUGAUCUUCUCAGACUACAUGCAAAUUCUGAUAGGAGUCCUUCAGGUUGUGCUCAAAGUAGCAAUAUCAAGGAAACUUGGACCACAACAGACCAACUCCAGUUUACUGUCUUUGCUGCACAUGGAAUUUCAAGUAACUGGGUAUCAAAUUAUGAGAAAUACUAUUUGAUAUGUUCCCUGUCUCAUAAUGGAAAGGAUCUUUUUAAACCUAUUCAAUCCAAGAAGGUUGGCACUUACAAGAAUUUCUUCUAUCUUAUUAAAUGGGAUGAACUGAUCCUUUUUCCCAUCCAGAUAUCACAGCUACCAUUAGAAUCACUUCUUCAUCUUACUCUUUUUGGAAUUUUGAAUCAGAGCAAUGGAAGUUCUCCUGAUUCUAAUAAGCAAAGAAAAGGGCCAGAAGCUUUGGGCAAAGUUUCCUUGCCUCUUUUUGACUUUAAACGGUUUUUAACAUGUGGAACUAAACUACUAUAUCUUUGGACUUCAUCUCAUGCAAAUCCUAUUCCUGGAACAGUACCUAAAAAAGGAUAUGUAAUGGAAAGGAUAGUGCUACAGGUUGACUUUCCUUCUCCUCCAUUCGAUAUCCUUUAUACUACUCCUCAAGUUGACAGAAGCAUUAUUCAGCAGCAAAAUUUAGAAACACUGGACAGUGAUAUAAAGGGAAAACUUCUUGACAUUCUUCACAGAGACUCCUCAUUUGGACUUUCUAAAGAAGAUAAAGCCUUUUUGUGGGAGAAACGUUAUUACUGUCUCAACCAUCCAGAUUGUCUUCCUAAAAUACUAGCAAGUGCCCCAAACUGGAAAUGGGUUAAUCUUGCCAAAACUUACUCACUUCUUCAACAGUGGCCUCCAUUGCACCCACUGAGUGCAUUAGAACUUCUUGAUUCAAAAUUUGCUGAUCAGGAAGUGAGAUCCUUAGCUGUAACCUGGAUUGAAGCCAUUAAUGAUGAUGAACUAAUAGAUCUUCUUCCACAGUUUGUGCAAGCUUUGAAAUAUGAAAUUUACUUGAACAGCUCAUUAGUGCACUUCCUCCUAUCCAGGGCGUUGGGAAAUAUCCAUAUAGCACACAAUUUAUAUUGGCUCCUGAAGGAUGCCCUGCAUGAUGCACAGUUCGGUGCCCGAUAUGAAUAUAUUUUGGGUGCUCUGCUCUCAGUGGGAGGAAAAAGACUUAGAGAAGAACUCUUAAAGCAGACAAGACUUGUUCAACUUUUAGGAGGAGUAGCAGAAAAAGUAAGACAGGCUAGUGGAUCAGCCAGACAGGUUGUUCUCCAAAGGAGUAUGGAACGAGUGCAGUCCUUUUUUUUAAGGAAUAAAUGUCGUCUCCCUCUCAAUCCAAGUCUUGUGGCAAAAGAAUUAAAUAUUAAGUCUUGUUCUUUCUUCAAUUCUAACGCUGUGCCCCUAAAAGUUGCAUUGGUGAAUGAUGAUCCUAUGGGAGAAGAAAUUAAUGUGAUGUUUAAGGUUGGUGAAGAUCUACGGCAAGAUAUGUUAGCUUUACAGAUGAUAAAGAUUAUGGAUAAGAUCUGGCUUAAAGAAGGACUAGACUUGAGGAUGGUCAUUUUCAAAUGCCUGUCAACUGGCAGAGAUCGAGGUCUAGUGGAGCUAGUGCCUUCUUCAGAUACCCUUAGGAAAAUCCAAGUGGAAUAUGGAGUGACAGGAUCCUUUAAAGAUAAACCUCUUGCGGAUUGGCUGAGGAAAUAUAAUCCCUCUGAAGAAGAAUAUGAAAAGGCUUCUGAAAAUUUUAUUUAUUCGUGUGCUGGGUGCUGUGUAGCCACCUAUGUUUUAGGCAUCUGUGAUCGGCACAAUGAUAAUAUAAUGCUUCGAAGCACAGGACACAUGUUUCACAUUGACUUUGGAAAAUUCUUGGGCCAUGCACAGAUGUUUGGUAGCUUCAAAAGGGAUCGGGCUCCUUUUGUGUUAACUUCUGAUAUGGCAUAUGUCAUCAAUGGGGGUGAAAAGCCCACCAUUCGUUUCCAGUUGUUUGUGGAUCUUUGCUGCCAGGCUUACAACUUGAUAAGAAAGCAGACAAAUCUCUUUCUUAACCUUCUUUCACUGAUGAUUCCUUCGGGGUUACCAGAACUCACAAGUAUUCAGGAUUUGAAAUAUGUUAGAGAUGCCCUUCAGCCCCAAACUACAGAUGCAGAAGCUACAAUUUUCUUUACCAGGUCUUAUUUGACAAUGAUCAUGAUCACUUUAUUAUAUAGUAUUGCCAAGUUAAAAAUUUAUGUAGUCCGAAUUUUGAGGGAAGGACAGCUUGAGCCAUCUUUUGUCUUCCGGACUUUUGACGAGUUUCAAGAGCUUCAUAAUAAGCUCAGUAUUAUUUUUCCACUCUGGAAGUUACCAGGCUUUCCUAAUAGGAUGGUUCUAGGAAGAACCCACAUAAAAGAUGUAGCAGCCAAAAGAAAAAUUGAGUUAAACAGCUAUUUACAGAAUUUGAUGAGUGGUUCAACAGAUGUGGCAGAGUGUGAUCUUGUUUGUACUUUUUUCCACCCUUUACUUCGUGAUGAGAAAGCUGAAGGAAUAGCUAGGUCUGCUGUUGCAGGUCCUUUCAGUCCUACUGCAGGCCAAAUAGGAGGAGCAGUGAAGUUAUCUGUCUCCUACCGUAAUGGUACUCUUUUCAUCAUGGUGAUGCACAUCAAAGAUCUUGUUACUGAAGAUGGGGCUGACCCAAAUCCUUAUGUCAAGACAUACCUACUUCCAGAUACUCACAAAACAUCCAAACGUAAAACUAAAAUUUCACGAAAAACUAGGAAUCCAACAUUCAAUGAAAUGCUUGUGUACAGUGGAUACAGCAAAGAGACUCUAAAACAGAGGGAACUUCAGCUAAGUGUGCUCAGUGCAGAAUCUCUGCGGGAGAAUUUUUUCUUGGGUGGAAUAACCCUGCCUCUUAAAGAUUUCAACUUGAAUAAAGAGACAGUUAAGUGGUAUCAGCUGACUGCAGCAACCUAUUUGUAA